CUCCCAACCAACAAACCCAACUUUACAAGCAAUUCUCUUCAUUUUCAUGGCUUCCAGAGUGCUCGAGAUGGCUCUAAUCCUGAUCCUGGCGGCCCUCUUUUGGGGUGGGGCCACGGCUCAGUCAAACUCAAACUGCAGCAAUGUGCUCGCCACCAUGGCGCCUUGCCUCAACUACCUGAUGGCAAACUCAUCCACUCCUUCAACUUCUUGCUGCUCUCAGCUCGGUGCCGUCGUAAAAUCUUCCCCGGAUUGCCUUUGCGCUGCUCUCAACGGUAGUAUUCCUUCAAUGGGGAUCAAUAUUAAUCGAACUAUUGCUCUGACUCUUCCUGGUGCCUGUCAAGUUCAAACUCCUUCAUUUAAUAAUUGUAAACAAGCCAUUGCACCUGCAGCUUCACCUACAGAUUCUCCAACAACGAUAAGCCCUUCUUCAGAUUCUCCAACAACGAUUAGCCCUUCAGGCUCUUCAAAUACAAUUACGCCACCAGCCUCAGGAUCGGGGUCUAAAUCAACAACACAAGAUUCAUCUGAUGGAGGCAUCAGAAGAUUUUUGCUUGAGGAUGAUUCUGAUUUCUGA